AUGAAGGGCGUUCUUCAAUCAGUCCGAGGCGGUCGGCCUCCUAAGGUUACCAAACAGACUGGCACGCCUCGCGGUCGGCCUGGUCGCCGAGUCGGCGCAUCCGACGCGCAUGGUCUUACCAAUUCUGACCUUGCCGACCUUGAGCAACAGGAUGUGACCACUGAUGAGGACCAUGAUCCUAACCCUCACGCCAGCUUUGAUCAUGACGCCGCGACUAUCGCCGCCGCCGCCGCUGCCGCUCAACAUCAUCAACAGCAGCAGCAGCAGCAGCAACAAGAGCAUCAACAACAGCUCGAUCUUACUGCAGCUAGUAUCCUAGCUAGCAGCGUCCACACCACGAGUGACCACCAUCCUGACCUUGGUGGUACUCACAUGGAUGACGGUGCCCGUACUGCUACCGUCGAGGAGCUUGCUCGUGAAUCCGGCUACACAGACUUCGUUGUUGAGAGCGCACUGGCCAAGCGCCUGGCUGGAGAACCUGGCCAGCGUCUUGCACAACAACGUCGUCCUGAACAGCAUCUCAAUCUCACACGGCGCAGUAAUGUCGAGGCCCUGUUUGCGCACAUCGCCGGUACCGUGGUCCAAAACUGUAAGAACUGUAAGAAAGGCCAUGGCCCGUGGACUUUGUGCGUAGUAAUCGAAGGCCAGAUGUGCCAAAGUUGUUCCAACUGUUGGUUCAACGCUUCGGGUGCGCGAUGCUCACUUCAUGAGAGUCGAGAUCAGAACUCGCAAGGUGUACAACAGAUGCUCAACAAUGAGAACAUUUCAUUCCCCGUGCCCACUGCACCUCCGACUGCCAUGGCGCCGUUCAACUUUGCGGCUCCUGCAUCUGCUGACCCUGUUGUCCGCUACACCGUCGAACAGUCUAUGGCGCUGGUCCGGGGAGCUGACAAGAAGGCCCGGUCGAUGCUCAUGAUCGAGGCUACUGCUCGUCAAUUGGCCUUCCAGAUCGCUCAGUACGAGGAAGCCCUUCAGGAGGAACAGGGCCAAUCGCAGGUGCAGGCACAGGCCAAUGCACAAGAUGCUUCUCAGCCGGUUAUCAAUGAGCAAGGUGCCCCCUAG